AUGCUGAAAGUAAAUUAGCAAAGACGGAAGAAUUAAAACCAUGAAAUUGCUGGAGUAGUGAUAAAAUUUAAUAAAGUUUGUGAUCCUGAUUUAAUUGGUCUAAAAAUGCAUAAUGAAAUUCAAAUGUUAAAUGAAUAACUAUUAAUAGAACAGAAAUAAAAAUUAUUAAAAGCGAAAUCAAAUAUAUAAGGAUUAAUUUUAGUACAUAUAUUAUAUGUAUCAUUAUUAGAGAUUAAUGAUAAGAAAAAGUAGCACAUAUUGGUAAUAAACUAAUAUUCAUGAAUUAAGAUCCAGAAUUUAUUAGUAGAUUUUCAGACAAGAGCUCUUAAUUUAAUUUAUAAUAAUACAUCAUCUUCUGAAUCACCUUCUUCUAAAUCAUCAGAAGCACCUUUAGAUUCAAUUAAUUCACAUAAAAGAUAAUAAUUUUAAAAUGAAUUCAACUAAGAGAGCAGUAAUUCCUAAACUUGAUUUAAAAAGAGCUAAAUAAAUAUAAGAGAUUAAUGCAAAAAGGUAAAUGUAAUCUCUUAUUACUUAAAAUAUUUUCUAUCUGGCCUCUUUUUUAGAUUUUUUAAAUUUGCCUACAAUGACAUUAAAUAGAUUAUUGGCUAAUUUCCAUUGA